AGAAUCUUUUUAACCUGUUCCAAUUUGCCCUUUGAACCUGGCGGAUCCCCAGAGCUACCUGUAGGCCUAAGAGCACCUGGCCUGCGUGCUCCCCAAAGCGCAGGCCUGACAUCUGUUCCACCAAUGUUAAUCCAUGGGAUUAGCCCUUCAUUUAGGAAACUAUUUGUCUUGCCCGACAGCCAUUCCGCACAGAACAACAUGUACGUUGCACCCAGCCUCUAAAGGAACCACAAGGGCUCCAGAGAGUCCUACUCAAAGCCUGUAUCUUGAUCCGGAGAUGUUCUGGUGUUUUUCAAGGUCCUCUCCCCACACAGAUAAUGAAUGACAUAGUUGGAAGAUAAGGUCUGCAUACAUGCAGAGUCAAGGAUUUUGUGAAAGCAAGACCUUUAUCUGCACUUUAGCACCAAAGCUCGCAGGCCUGUUCUCCCUUCUACAUCACAAUCUCCUUUGUCACCUUGACAAAUGAAAAGCACUGACUACUGUUCUCCCUGGAAAUGUUAACAACUGUCUUAUAGCAGCAACUAAGCAGCCACAUUCUUGCUUUAGCUUUGGAACCACCUCUGUUAAUACAUUCCUUUCAAGUUCCUGCUGUUCAUCUUGGCCCCUGACCUGAUGGUUUCAACUAUGACAGCCAAUAGCCCUAGUUCAGAGCAGUCCCUUAGCUUUACAUCACUGCUCUUACUUACACCAGCAAAGGAAGAGCAAAGGAGCAGGAAGGGAACCUUCCCCAGCUACACACCACAGCAGAUGCAGCACAUAGAAGAGAAGCCCCACACAGCAGGUCUGAGAGCUGGUCACACUGCCGAGUGAUGCUGCGGGCCUCUCCCCCAGCUGAAGGGAUUUUGCAGGAGCAGCAGGUGGGUGGGAGCUUUCCUGAGGCACGUCCCAGGAGCCUCCUCAGCUCUGAGAGAUGCCAUCUGUCCUGGGAGAGCAGUCCUGAGAGUUACUCCCAAGUGCAAGUGUCUUACAGAGAAAUGUAAAUGCUUUAAGCCUCUUAUUGGUAUGCAGAGUUAUCAACACCCCUGUCAGCAGAUGGAGCAGAGCUCCACAUCUUUACAGUCCGUCCACAAAAAAAAAAAAUCCAGAAGAAUUCCUCUCCCUUCCCAAGCUCCCUCCGCCCGAGGAAGAUGCGAUGGGUGGGACUGGAGGCACUGCUCCACUGCCUUUACCCGCGUGCUCAGCAGAAGACGGAGGCAGCAGGCCUGCCCGGGGAGCGGCGCUGAGAAACGGCAGCCCUCCCACCCUCCUGCGAGGGGGGAAAGCUGCGGAGCCACCCCCUCCCCAGGCAGGGGGAGCGAGCCUGGAACGAACGUCGCCUGCGCUUGUGGGCAGAGCCGCGAGCAGGGGAAGCCGGGAACAGAACACAGACCUUACACGCUCCUCGGCUGAGUCACCAGAGUGUAUAAAACAGAGCCCGGCAGCUCAUGCUGCGCGAAAGGGGAGGCACAAGGCAUCGGGACUCUCGGGCAGAUCUUGCAACUAACCAUAAGCCAUCCAGCAGGAAGAUGUUCUCCCUCUUGGUCAUCCUUUGUCUGCUGGCAAGGAACACAACAUCAGGCCCAGUGAGCAGAGCAGAGCCUGCAGCAUCCAGGGAUGUCACCACCAUUUUCCAGCUGGCUCAGGGAGACCGUUGGGAGAACGUUAAUCUCACCAGCAUGUCCUGUGAGGAUUGGAAGAACAGGACAUGGAUCACCCUGCAGCUGACCAACAGCAGCCUGACGGCUUUCCCCAUCUGCCUCCCAGAGGCCCUGCAGACCUUGGAUCUCAGCAACAACUUCUUAGAAGAGGUGAAUGGCACAGAAAUAGCAAACCUCCCGCAGCUGCGCGUCCUCAUACUGAGGCAGAACCUUCUCCAGGCAGUCAGGUGGAGGUCAGAAACCUUCAGCAGUCUUCAUUUACUGGACUUAAGCUUUAACAAGCUGUCGUCUGUGCCACCAUGCCACACCUCUUCAAUGCCUAACCUGAGGUGGCUGUCCUUGGCUGGAAAUCCACUGAUUGAAAUCCAGCCAUUGGCUUUUUCCUGUUACCCCCAGCUACAGUUCCUGAACCUCUCCAGAACUCUGCUUGGGCAGGAAGGCAGCAGGGGAAUUCAGGAGUCUGCUUUUGCCAUCAGUCUCUCCCCUGGUGAUGCUCUGCACAAGCCUGAGAACACCAUCAGUGUGCUUGAUCUGAGCGGGACCUUUCUCGAGAGAAUUCAAGUUGAGUGGACCAGAGACUUACCCAAUCUUGGAUUUCUUCACCUGACCAAGAUGCCAAAAUUACGAAGUCUUGAUACUGACUUCAGGUCUAUGCCUCGUCUCAGAGAGCUGAACUGCCGUGACUCCCACUCUCUGGGUUUUGUGAGGACAGAGAUGUUUGAAAGCACACCCAACCUAAGCCAUCUCUCCUUUCAGAACUGUAACCUGAGUUCCUUUAAUUCUUGGAAUACCAAUUCUUCAGACAGUAUCAUCAUCAACUUGCAUGGAAAUCCUCUGCUAUGUGACUGUAGGCUCUCCUGGCUGCUCUCCACGCCCAAGAUUGUGCUGCAAAAGGUUUUGGACACUUUUUGCACCACAUCCCAAGAAAAUGGGGACAGGCCUUCAGUUUCUUUUUCACUGCAAGAUCUCUACAAUAAAUGCCAGGCUGAGAAGGAUAUCUCACUGCCGGAUUCAAACACACCCUCCAGCCAAGGAGAUGCUUUCAGCCUUGCCAGCUACUACACCACGACUGCAGCAAUGACAGCAGACUCUGCUCCGCUAACCAAAGACGCUUACAUUCGUCUGAAUGAGGAAGCCAGUGUAAUGAGCACAACUGCAGCCAACCCAGCUGAGCUGAUGCUCACAAAAGCCAACAGUUCCUCCCCUGAGGACGAGGCAGUUUCCGAAUCCAUGAGCCAUCCCCCUUUCCUUGCAUCUCUAACCACCUCCCCCGGUUUUCUCAGAGAGCUCUACAGCCAGACCACGGAUUAUGGCUCUGUGAGUCAAACUGAAACACUGAAGCAGCUCCAGGGAGAGCUCAGAAAAACUCACAUGGCAUUUCCCCAGGAACGCCUAUUCAGCCAGCCCACUAGCAAGCAUUCUACUCCAGCAACAGGAAAACUAGAUGCCAUUCCCCAUUACAAUCACUCCUUUGCUGCGGAAAGGACACCACAAACAAAUCUACGGCAGCCAAACUCCAGCCAAACAAAGACCAGCACUCAGUCAGCAUCCACGCCCACCCGACCACGGAUCCACUACGUAGAUGACUAUGAAUACAGCGAGGAGACAACGGAACCCCCUGUGCAACAAGUGUACACCUCCUGUGACUACAACCCUUGCAGACACCUUCAGAAGCCGUGCAGCGAACUUCAGAGAGCGUCCCCAUGCUUAUGUCCCGGCAUGUCAACAGAAAAUGAAAUUCCAGACCCACCGAGGCUCAAAGAGGUGUCUGAAGUCACGGACAGCUCUGCUCAGAUACACUGGUGCGCUCCAAACUCCAUUGUUCGUACCUAUCAGCUGAUGCUCCGUGACCAAGGCGAUGAGGAGGAACAGCUUGUCCUGGAGAACAUUUACUCCACAGCGAGGCAGUACACUCUGUAUAACCUCUCACCAUACACCACUUACCAGAUUUGUGUGACUGCUUCCAACAGCGCAGGGUUAAGCCGCACAGUAAACCAGGGAACUGCAGGCAAUUCGUGCGCCAGGUUCAGAACAAAGCCCAGUUACAAGUCUGUCUUUGCUGCUCUGUCUGCAGCAAGUGGACUCUUUCUCAUUUCCACAAUUAUUUUGUCCAUCUGUCUGUGCAAGGCACGUAAAAAGCCUCACAGCGAGCAGUACGGUACGCAUCUAGUCUCCUACAAGAACCCAGCAUUUGAUUACCCAUUAAAGUUACAGACUACAGAUUAGCGCUAGGUGGUUGUUCUGCACAUUCCAAGGUCGCUAUCUCUAUCACUUUGGUGUGUUUUCCUUUAUCAAAAAGUCCUUCAGCAAAAAAAAAAAAAAA